GGGAUGGGGGUCCUGGGGCUGGUGACCCUGCUGGCCUGCUUGAGCGCGGGGGGCUGGGGGAAGAUCUUCACCCGCUGCGAGCUGGCACAGGAGCUGCAGGAGAACGGGAUGGACGGAUACGAGGGCUACAGCUUGGCCAACUGGGUCUGCCUGGCGUUCUACGAGAGUGGCUUCGACACGGCGGCCGUGGGGGCCAAUGCGGAUGGCAGCACCGACUACGGCAUCUUCCAGAUCAACAGUGGCUGGUGGUGCCAGGAUGCCCAGAGCCCGUCAGAGAACCUGUGCCAUGUGCGCUGCCAGGAUUUACUGAACCCUGACAUCAAGGACGACAUCAACUGUGCGAAGAGAGUGGUGCAGGAUCCUCAGGGCAUGGAGGCUUGGGACGACUGGAAGAACCACUGUGAAAAGCAGGAUCUGACCGAGUGGGUUGAGAGUUGUAAUCUGUGA